AUGGACGACCUCUACGACGAGUUUGGAAACUACAUCGGAGGCGCGGAAGAGAGUGAGGAGGAAGAGCAGCAUGGCGAGGUGCCCGCACGGGCAUAUGCCUAUGAAUCGGAGUCGGAGGAAGGAGAAGAAGCUUCAGCUGCUCCGGACCAGCAAUUGAUGGAAAUAGAUGAACAGGGCCCCUCGAAUGCCGUCGUCCUUCAUGAAGACAAGCAAUAUUAUCCUACCGCGCAACAGGUUUACGGGACUGAGGUUGAAACCUUAGUAGAGGAAGAAGAUGCACAACCAUUAUCCCAACCUAUCAUCGCCCCCGUGCAACAGAAGAAAUUUGCCGUACAGGAAGCAGAUCUACCCCCGGUGUUUUAUUCGCGCGAGUUCAUGACGGAUAUGUUGAAUUUCCCCGACCAAAUACGAAAUAUUGCGCUAGUGGGCCAUUUGCAUCACGGAAAAACCGCCUUCAUGGACACCCUAGUAAUGGAGACGCAUGACAUCGCCGCGAAACUCGAUCGAAGGACAGGAAAAGCAAGGGAUGAACAGCUACGAUACACUGAUGUGCACCUCCUUGAACGGGAAAGGGGCCUUUCUAUAAAAUCGUCGCCAAUGAGCCUGGUAUUACAGGGGACGAAGGGGAAGUCCUACCUGCUCAACAUCUUGGAUACACCCGGCCAUGUCAAUUUUGUCGACGAAGUAGCAGCUUCACUCAGAUUGGUCGAUGGCGUUGUUCUAGUUGUGGAUGUGGUGGAAGGCGUCCAGAUUAACACUGAACAGAUCAUCAAAUACGCUGUCCUCGAAGAUCUUCCUCUCACGCUGGUCGUGAAUAAAAUGGAUCGCCUGAUUCUUGAACUCAAGCUACAUCCAACCGAUGCUUAUUUCAAGCUCAAACAUGUGAUCGAAGAAGUCAACACAGUUAUCGAGAAAACACUACCUGGGCAGGGAGAACGGAGGAGACUGAGUCCCGAGAAGGGCAAUGUGGCAUUUGCGUGCACUGCAAUGAACUGGUGCUUUACCCUUCAAUCAUUUGCGAAGAUGUACGCGGAUACAUACUCUAAGAUCGACAUCUCUGAAUUCGCCAUUCGUCUGUGGGGAGACAUCUUUUAUAGCCCAAAGAGCAGGAAAUUCACAAGAAAAGGGGUAGAAGAGUCUUCGAAACGGUCGUUUGUCCACUUCGUUCUGGAACCCAUUUAUAAAAUAUUCUCCCAUACGAUAAGCGAGAGCCCAGAAGAUCUGAAGGAGACCCUUGCCACGCUUGGAAUCAGCUUAAAGCCCUCACAGCUCAAAUCAGAUGCAAAGGUUCUUUUGAAUUUAGUAUGUGAACAGUUUUUUGGGCCUGUUGGGGGCUUCGUGGAUAUGAUCGUGGAACACAUUCCCUCGCCAUUAGAAGGUGCCCCGAAAUUUCUUGAGAAAUAUUAUACUGGCCCACUCGACACAAAGGUUGCCGCUGGAAUGUCUUCCUGCGACCAAAACGGCCAGCUCGUCGUUCAUGUCACAAAACUAUUUAAUACCGUUGACGCUGCGGGCUUUCACGCGUUUGGGAGAAUUAUGAGUGGCACGGCUCGCCCUGGUCAACAAGUCAGGGUUCUGGGGCAGGAGUAUACGGUUGAUGAUGAAGAAGACAUGCUUGUUGCCACAAUAAUAGACACCUUUAUUGCUGAAUCUCGGUACAAUAUACCUACAAGCGGCGUUCCUGCUGGAAACUGGGUGCUUUUAAGUGGAAUCGACAAUUCAAUUGUCAAAACAGCUACACUAGUCCCGCUCCGCCUGGAGGACGACGAGGAUGCGUAUAUUUUCAAACCAAUCCACCAUAUGACCGAAUCCGUCUUCAAAGUUGCCGUUGAGCCCAUCAAUCCUUCCGAACUUCCUAAGAUGCUAGAAGGCCUCCGAAAAGUCAACAAGAGCUAUCCCCUUAUCUCCACAAAAGUUGAAGAAUCUGGAGAGCACAUUGUUCUUGGAACCGGCGAGCUCUAUAUGGACUGCGUACUCCACGAUCUGCGCCGACUGUAUGCUGAGAUGGAGCUCAAAGUCUCAGAUCCUGUUACGAGGUUUUGUGAAACGGUCGUUGAAACUUCCGCCAUAAUGUGUUAUGCCAUGACACCCAAUAAGAAAAAUAAAAUCACAAUGGUCGCUGAACCUUUGGAUGAUGGCAUCGCUGAGGAUAUAGAAGCUGGCCAUGUCCGUAUCCGAGAUCCAACGAGGAAGGUAGCUAAAUUCUUCGAGGAGAAGUAUGACUGGGAUAAGUUGGCCGCUCGAAGUAUCUGGGCAUUUGGACCUGACGACAUGGGGCCUAAUAUACUCCAGGACGACACUCUACCGUCGCAGGUUGAUAAAAAGCAGCUUGCGACAGUAAGAGACUCUAUCCGCCAAGGAUUUAGCUGGGGUACCCGCGAAGGCCCGCUGUGCGAAGAACCCAUCCGAAAUACCAAAUUCCGCCUCACAGACAUUUCACUCGCUGACCAAGCCAUUUUCCGAGGCGGAGGUCAAAUCAUCCCGACCGCCCGACGCGCCAUUUAUUCCUCUUUCCUCAUGGCGUCCCCCCGCCUCAUGGAACCAAUAUAUACCUGCUCCAUGAUCGGUCCGGCUGACUCGGUUGCGUCCAUUUACACUGUGCUCUCACGGCGGCGAGGUCAUGUCCUCACCGAUGGACCUAUCGCCGGCACGCCGCUGUAUUCAGUCCGCGGGUUAAUACCUGUGAUCGACUCGUUUGGCUUUGAGACAGAUCUUAGAAUACACACACAAGGUCAGGCAACGGUAUCAUUAGUGUUUGACAAGUGGAGCGUCGUUCCUGGUGAUCCGUUGGAUAGGGAGGUGAAGUUGCGGCCUCUAGAGAUGGCCAGCGCCAUGGCGACGGCGAGGGAUUUCGUUCUCAAAACAAGAAGACGGAAAGGGUUGGCAGAGGACGUUACUGUGAGUAAAUUCUUAGAACCGGAGCUGUGGAAGGGAUUGAAGGAGAGCGGAAUUCUUGGAGAAGGGUAG